UCUCGGGCCGAAACUGCAGAGGGGGGACCAUGUCGGCAGUCCCCCCACCCCGAGCCCAGACCCCGUCUCUGCCUCCCCCGCCGCUCGCCAUUUUCUAUGGGCCCCUGGAGCCGGGGAACCCCGUGAUAGAAAACUUCGAGAGAGACCUGCACGACUGCCUCAGCUUCUUGCGGCGGAAACGGGAAGCGGCGGGGGGAGCGGGCGCCAGGCAGCAGGAGCUGCACCGGCGAGGAGCAACGAAUUUAUUUAAUAUUUGGAACAAUUACAAAACUCGAUUUCCAGAUUGGUAUUACAAUGAAAAACUUGUGAAAAUUGGUGAUCAACUUACAGAAAUGAAAGAAUAUAAACUGGCACUUGUACAGUGCUAUGGACGUUAUCUUCAGCAAAUCAGUACUGUCAACAUAGACCAACUUGAAUUAGAUGUGUGUCAAUUUCAGUCUCAUUUUUUCCCUAAUGGAUUUAGAGAUAAAACAGCUUCAUGUACAUUCCAUGUUUUGCAAGCAAGGAAUAAUUGCCUUUACAAAAUGGUAUGCGAUGCUGAUGUAGAUCUCCUGAAUCAGGAAUCUUUGAACACAUGUUUCAGAAUCUUGUCCACGUUGCAACUGAUCAUGCAGAUGAUUCUGCCACAUGAGAAUUUGUGUUGGCUUGUCUAUAAUGGUACAAUUCACAUGUAUACGAUAUGCAGACAUUUGAUGACUGUGGGUCAGUCUGCUAAGGUACAUGAAUAUUUAUUGUGGGCCUGUGUGUGCAUGGAAUCAUCAGUUCCACUUUUAGCCAUACACUAUUUGACAUGGAGAACCACUCUUUAUGCUGCUGUUUGCCAGUGUUAUUAUGACUGCCAGGCUGGCAUGUAUGGAGAGAUAUUUGCACGCCGUGGUUUGAUUAAAAUUGAUGAACUAAAGCAAAUGGAGAAUAUAAGUUCUUCACCACUAAGCUUGGAAACAAAGAAGAAAUUCAAAGAAGCCACUGUGAAGAUGGCAGCAAUGAUCUUCAAAAGAUCAGCAUUUGAACCCAGAAGAAGACCAAAAGGGAUUUUCCGACCAAGACCGAAAGCUAAUUUAAGAGAAAUACAAAAUACGCCUUGGCCGCGCACAGUUUCAGAAAGGCUUCUGAUGGAGAUAUUUGAUUGCAAUUCAUCUCAAUUUUUUGCCAUCCUGGAAGCUCUGUUUGAUAAAAAUAGGCGAACACUGAUCCCUGCUCCUCCUGUUCCCGAUGAAGUGGAAAUUCGUGAUGUGGUUUCAGAGCUCUUUUUUGCAGGCAUGGAUAUUCUUGAUGGUGGGGGCAGCAAUGUACAAGGAAACAUGCCCACAGAGUCUUCUGUUAUAAUAACUGCAUCAACAACACUUAUGCAGCAUAUAUUAGCAGGAAGGAAUCUUAUUUCUGGGGAAGCAGCACUGAGGUUUCUUAAGAUGGCUUUCAGCUAUGAAGAAUGGGAUACAUUUGAUCAUGUAACUGGAUUGUUUUUCACUUUUCUUCAGAGUCAAAAGAAUCCAGUAUGGAAGAAAGCAGAAGCCGAACUCAAAAUACUUCUGGUAAUGCAGCCUCUAGUAUCCUCAAGAAAACCAAGGCAUUCUUUGUAUGUUCAAGGAAAUAAUAUCAGGGAAGCACCUAGCGCUCGUUUUCCUGGAAAAAAAUCCAUUGCAUUUCAAGGAGGAUCAGCAAAAACAAGAAAAAUGACUGAUGAACUUUUUCUGUUGGCAAUUACCCUUUAUUCCUGCGUUUGUACAUCUGAUGAGGUUUUGCCAGAUAGAGAAAUGGUAAUAGAUGCAACAAUGUUUUUGUGGCAAAGGUGUAAAGUCGGAAUUCAGAGAAUCCAAAUGAGCGGAACCAACUUCUUAAAGCACAGUCUUAAAUACCAAACAUUCAAGUGGAUUAAUAUACUUUAUAUAGUUAAUGAAGUAAUUCACACUAUAAAUCUUGGAGACACUAAUGCAGUGGUAAUGGCUGAAGUUGUAUUACGACUAACUGCAGUGAUGGAGAAUAUUGUAGAAUUCACAGUGAAAUCUCGAAAUAUACCAGAAAGAAUUGACACUGCAGCCACUUCAGAAUUCUUUAUUGAUGAUAUGCCUUCAUUAAUACAGAAAUGUCCCUUAGAACAGUUACAUUUGGCUUAUCAGUAUUUGGACAGAGCAAUUAGCGCAAUAAACCGAGCUCACCGAAUAACCCUUUUACCUGAUGGAACAUCAGUGCUUGAUAACUGUUGCAAAAAGCAUUUGAACACCAAUGAGAAAUUUAUAAUAGGAAAUAACUUCAUUAUGGAUUUAAAUCUUGAACUUAUUCAGACUCAGCAUCGAGUAGCUGUUAAACUACUUAAAUUGUCACAAGGCACUCAAACUGAUGAGAAAAAUACAAAAUCUAAGUCUUCUGUGAAGGAUGCGAGCCAGCCCAAAUAUUUAACAGAGCCAGAUAUAAUGAAGAAAAUUAAAAAGAAUAAAUUGUCCAAAGCUCUCUACUUCAUGCACAAGGCUACACUGAUGUUUUGCGUAGGAUUAUCCAAUACUUCUGCAAACCAGCUCCUUGAGGAAGCAUUUACUCUAAUUCAGAAGGCAGAAGCUGAACAAAAUGCACUAUGUGCCACUUUGCAACAACCUGCAAGUAGUGUGAAAAGCAAAGUUCCGCCUCCUCCUAUUUUGCUUUCCAGGUCACAUUGCUCCAUGGCAUUUAAGCCAGCUCCAUUUGCGCCACCUGUGAAGGUUUCAUGGUAUAGUAUUUUUGGAUGUGUGGCAGAAGGAAGCAAUCCAAAAGUCAGGUUAAAUCAUUACAAUCUUGAGAACACAGCAGAAAUGACACCAGCUGAUGAAAAUUGUGUCUUAGAAGUAAAAGGUUUAGAGACCAAUCAAAGUUACAUAUUUGCAGUUGCGGCAUAUGCUUCAGAUGGAAAGCUUAUUGGUAACAGCAUUGGGGAAAUGACUAAACCAAUUCUUGCAUACCCACCUCUCUCAGCUGUUACUGUCCGGGCAUAUCUGAUUCAGAGUGCUUUUCAGACUGAGAAUUAUACCCUAUGCAAAAAGGCAUUUCAACCACUCUGGGACUAUUUUGUCUCAGUUCCUCAUACUCCUGUUGCGGAUGUCACAGUUGUUUCUACAAGCACCCAUGUAACUUUACAUAAGAGCAGAUUAAUUCCUGAUGCUGUGUCUCAGGCAUCUCCAAACCUCUUAUACCUGUUCAUCAGGAGCAUUUUUAUUAUCAAUGACAUCACUGUGACAGAUGGAGCUCUCUUCUGUGAUUCUGUUUGCUUCAAUGAGCUAAAAUACAGUAGACAAGUUGCUAGAUUAAAUGAAUGUGGGAGAAUGCUGGUGGCAGUUGAACUCAGUAACUGGUUAAAUGAUGUGCACUAUUCCCUGCAGUCAGUUGUUAAUUGUUAUGGUCUUAUAGCUCCCCUGAUCUAUCACAAAAUUGCUUCGGAGCCAGUAAUUCAGAUUAUCAUUAAAUGUCUCUCAGUCAUUCAGGAAAUCCCAUGUAGUACCUUGCAAAGAAAAUCAGCAGCAUGUUAUGAUAGCAUUCAGCAUAUGAUCGCUUGUUCUUGCUUCUUCUCAGUAAAGGUACUGCGAACAUGGAAAGAAUAUGAAUUGGCAAUCGUUAUUAUUAACUAUGGGAAAAAGUUGCUGGAUUCCUCCCAGGUGGCUGUAGGAGAAAGAGGAGAUGAAAUGCUAGACGAUGAGAUAUCUACCAAAAGACACAAGUCACUAGCUGCAGCUGAAAAAGUAAAUGAGAACUUAGAAGCUCUUGAAAACAACCUGCUCAGACUUACAAAACCAGGACAGGAGCUUACAGGAGAAGAAGAUGCUUUGUUGUUGUUUCCCGUAGUUACAAACUGGCAAACACGGAAUGCUUUUAGAGAAGUACUGAAAUUUAAGAAGAGCCCUCGCUUCCUUGAAUAUUUUGUUAAACUUCUGGCUAAAGCACUAUCUGAAGAGAAAUUUUCACGAAUUUUAGACUGGACAGAUGAAAUACAAGAUUACCUUAAAAAACGAAAUAGAUUCCUUAUUGGGAUCAAGCGAAUUGUGAAAAAAAAACCAAAAGCAGAUCAAAAGAAGCAUGGAGCAGAGUUCCACAAUGUGAAAGGGUCUGUAGUAGGCAAGAAAAAAUGGAAGACUUUUAAAAAAGAUCAACAUAAAUUUCUCCCCAAACAUCCAUGUCUGGGUAAAUCAUUUGAUCUUCAAAGGAAAGAAAGAGAGGAAUUGCGAAAAAUAGCUUGUCUAAUUCUUAUACAGAAGCUGAAUACAACUACUAGUGUGUUCAUAAAACGAAGAAGGUUCCGUCAGUUAAUGGUUGAAGAGAUGCCAUGGAAAUCUCAGCUGAACAUAUACCUGGCAAUUACCUACUUCAAUUUGUUUAAAAAACGGAUAGAAGAGCUCUAUAAUAUUGAUGAUAAUUCUUUACAAAGUUGGCAGAGUUACAAUGAAAUGGAUCCUGAAAUAUUUUCAUUAAACAAUUCAGGCACCAUAAUAGUGAGACCAACUGUAGAGGAAGAAAUGAAGACUAAACCUACAGUUUUUACAAGAACACCAUCAGGAAGGAUUAAAAGAAAAAAGGACGCACUUGACCCAUCUUCCCCUGCCUUCGACUCUGGUUCUUCCUUGCCUGCUUCUGACCCUACAUUACAGAGUGCUUCUUCGGACACUGAUUCCAGUUCAAGCCUGCUUGAUCACAGUAAUUGCCUCACUCCUGAAACUGAUACCAUGGUGGAUCCCACUGAUCCGGCCCAGCUAUCAUCUUCGGUCUCAGCUUCAGUUGCUGAUGAAAUUUCCGAGCACAGUUCUAAGUUGAAUGAAAGAGAUAUGGCUCGACCUCAUGGAACAAGUGAAAAAGGAGGGAGUACUACUGUCAAGGAACGUGAACGAGCAUUGUGUUAUUCUGCUAUUCUAGAGCAUUUUCCUAAAAUCUUUCUUCAUUUCAAAAGAGCUGUGGUUUUUGCUCAUCGUGGUGGCCACUGGACAUUGCUUCAAAAUGCCUGCCGAGACCUCUGGAACUAUACUCAAGAAAUACAGAUGAUUAUGAAACAUUCAGAGUCUUUUUGUGUAUCAUUUGCUAUUACUAGGGAACUUUUCCUUAAUACCAUUUGGCAACCAUAUUGCCUGGCAUCAGAUAUGUUGCUUGAUAUGAUCGUUGAUCUCCAGGCUAGCAACUCAGUUAAGAUUAUUGAAGCUGAAGGAGAUUUCUGUGUUCCAAGUUGUGUAGGAGACAUUGCUCAUGAAGAAGGUGGUUCUAAUCUUUCCUUUGAAUAUCCAUUUGAUGAUAUUAAUGUUGUUGACUUGCAAGGAGUACGUAAUUUGAUCCUGCGAACUGUAGAAAUUCUAUUUCAUUUGAAGAAGUGGGAAUCACUUGUAUACAUAGCCAUGCAGUUUAACACAAUUACACAUGAGAGAUAUGCAGAGCAAGUGACUCCUCUGCUGGUGUUUGCUCAGAGACAACUUCAAGAAAGAAUACAACUCAGUGAUGCUAGUAGUUUUCAGCCACUUUUCAAAGAACUUGUCACUGCUACUGGAGAUAAGGUGUGCUGCAGAGACUUUGUUGCGAAAAAGCUGCAUGCUGCUGCAAAAUGUAAUGAAAGAACUAAUGAGCUCCAUUUCUAUAAUUCAGAUGCAAGGUCACAGGUUUAUGUUCCUCUGGAUACGACAGAUACACUGAAAUGUUUCAGAGAAAGCCUAGAAAAAUCAAAACACCACAGCAGAGCUCUUAAAUAUAGCAGGAAAUUGCUUUCAUUAUUUCUUGCUCACACACAAGAACAUUCUGGAAAACUAAACAGAACAGUAACUUUCCAGUUUGGUUCACGUCCAAAAGUGGGAUUUAGUAUGGGGACAGAGUUGACAUAUCAACCAGAACCACCUGAUCUUUCUGAAGAAAAUUUUACUUCCCUCAGUAUGGUUGAAAGCAGUUCCAUUUCUCAGUCAAAACUAUCAGUGAUCAUCUCUUCAUAUGAAAGAACUCUUGAAGCGCUUCAAACAUAUAACCAGCAAGGCCUCAAGGUGCAGGCUUUCCAUGAACUUGGAAAUCUUCACUUUUAUACAGAAAACAAAAGAGAUGCUUUCAAAUGCUGGUGUCAAGGCCUUGAUGCAGCCCUCAACAUAGCUGAUGCACUUCAUCACUGGCAAGAGUUAGAUGACUUGUCAGAGAAUGCCAUUGGCAACUUAGCAAACAGAUCUCAAGAUUACUGUGAUAAAUUCAUUUCUCGGGCUGGAAUUUGGGGUUGCUUACAAGGAGCAGUCUUAGCAGCCAAAAUUUCCCAGUACAUAUUGUUAUAUGAUGUGAAAUUAAGAACCAAAACCUGCAUUUUAUCUGCUGUUCUUUUCAAGUCCCUAUUUAGAGCUUCCCUACCCCAUCCUACAGCGGAUUGUGAUUUUGUACAAUACGAAACAGAUACCUUAAUUCCUGGAAUUGAUAUAUUUUUGGAUCGCUAUAGAGCUGAUGUUGGAACUGUUGUUGCAAGUCUGAGUUUUCUUAUAUAUGAAUUGCAUUGUUGCAAGCAAAAUCUAAUAAUUUUGCCGCUGUUCACAUUAUAUCAAUACUUUGUUUCUGAAGUCUGUCGGGAUGCAAUUAAAAGUAUUGAAGGAAGGAUUCUUAAGAUUAAAGUGCUUUCAGAGUUAGGAUUUUUCUCUGAUGCCUUCCAAGAACUGUGUACAAUUAACCGAGGAGAGAAAAUCCCCUGGAAAUUAACUUCAGUCUACAGGAUUAUUCAAAAGCUUCCGGUCUCUGCAAAGUUUGAUUCAUCACAACCACUCUUGACAAAUGUGAAUCUGCAGGCAUUAGAAGAUGUAUUUAAUAGGUCUCUACAUCCAAUCUGGAUUUCAGUGUGUGAGCCACGGAUUGUGAACAACUUAAUGUUAGCCAAAAUGCAUUUCAUUAUUAGCCUUGCUGCAACAUUAAAUUGUGUUCCUGAAAAAGUGAUGAAAACCACAUAUUGUUUGAACAGUGAUAUCUUACGGAAGUCAGGAAAAAAUGCAGAGGCAUACUUAAAAGGUUUUUUACCAGGGACAUCAAAUGCAAGUGGAAAGCGAGACCCAAGUGUCAUGAUUGUGGAACUUGAAAAACUUAAAGAUUCGUUAAAUAUGCCUACACUAAAGGGAAUUCUAUUGGCAGAAGCUGAAGAAAGGAUUAAUUCCAUUCUUGAAAACCUACAGAACAAAUAUGGCACAUUGAUCAAUGAGUGUACAGCUGCAGAAUUAGAAACUGUCAUUGAAGCCAAGCUUCAGCUUGUAGUUAUUGCUCAACAAAGACUUCAAACAGCAUUCAGUGCAGCUUUGGCCUUUUCUGCAGUAAAACUUCUUCAGGAUGCAGAUGUGUUCAAGAAGAAAUGUAACUUAUCACCAGAUGCAGAGCAAAUAGAUAAGGCAAGUGAAGAAGGCAGUUAUAUUGAAGAUUCUCACCUGCUUCACAACACAAUAGCACGGGAACAUUUGAAUAUACAUUUGUGGCUGAGGUGUCGUUUGGCAUUAGUGAAGGCAAUUACAGCACAGGCACGAGGCAUUGAAACAAUGCAAGAAAAUGAAUUGUCAGAGUGUUCAUAUGUGAUCAGAGAGGUCCAAAUGGAGGCUGAAGCAUUCAAUGAUGUUGAAACACUUGCUGAAAUUACAAUGCAAGCUGUUAAGCUUGGCCUGCAAGGAAGACAACCAGUUGCUGACAUUAAGUUUCUAUUACAGAAUACAAUCAGGUUCCUUGAAGAAAAGACACUGAUUUCUCCACCAGCUUGUUUAACACUAGUGCAAAGUAUGCUUCUGCUAGCUGACAUACUGAGAACAGAAGCAGAGGAUGAUUCAGAGCAUCACACUUCUAAAACAGAUCAAUGGAAUUUAUUAAUUCUGGCACACAAACUUGUCAUUAAACAGUUAUUUAUUCUGGGACAAUCACUUGAACAACAUGCAGGAGACCCGACAGUUACAACUCUAACAGAGUCUUUGCAAAACAUAUACUUACCACAAAUCAAAUUACUGGCAAAAGUCAAAAUGAGACUCGGACAUGCAUUGGCUCUAGAAUUAUCUUGCACAUCUAAAACACAAAAUGAGGUGAAAUGGCAACUAGCGCUCCAGCAUACAGAAACAGCACUGGAUCUUUGUACAGCAUCAGUCAAAAGAGAAUUGGAUCUGGAAGCAGAAAUUCUGUUUCGGAAAGGGAAGAUAGAGCGACAGCUGGAUAUGAUAUGUGGUAAUAAAUCGAUGUCAGCUGUUGAAAGCUUGCUGAAUGGUAUAAAGUUAAGCUUGCGCAGUUAUCAAAACUAUGGACUAAUAAGAAGAGCAUAUCUGGAGAUGGCAUUGCAAUAUUUCUAUUUAAUUACACACAAGGACGAAUCUCUGUCUUCAGGUACACUGAAAGGGCAAGCAUUCAAACCGAGGUCUGCCAGAAGACGUGUUAGUUCUGAAGAAAUUACAGUGCUAGAAAUGUACAGAGUGCAGGCCUGGAUUGCAGUAAGAGCUGCUGCACAGGUCGGUGAUGCUGUUCUGGCUUUCCAUCAGUUAACUGGAAGGAAGGCUGUUAAACUAUAUCACAUGAAACAUGGAAUACUACCUCAUAUCCCAGAAUUUGCUCUUCUGGACCUCACUUCUUCCUACAAGGAUUUUUUGUCUGAUGGAUAUAAUGUUAUCUACAAAGUUCCUAUGAUGUCUCCUGAACAUGAUGAUAGAUCGGAAAGUGGCAGAGCCGAAAGUGCUUCUUCUGAGGAGAGCCAAGACAAACAGAAGAUACCCUGGUCCCAUGUAAUUCGCUACAAUACUUACUUAACAACACUCUUGAACAUGAGCCCCCUGCUCGCUGUUCCAAAAGCAGGUGCAGGCUUAUUUGCUAGAGAAGACAUGUUGUUCACUUCUGUAUUUGAUACAUCAACUACCCUACGCCUAGCAGCAUUGCAUUCUUUCCUAAAAGCCUAUUUGCCUAUAUAUUCCGACUGUUGCCUUCAUCAGCCUCCAAAAGAGCUAUAUGGUUUUGAAAAGCCUUGCUACAGUAUGACAGUUCUUGGAAAGUCAACCCCAGAAACACUUGGAGCAGCAAAAAGGCUUUCAUCGGAGAGAAUAAGUCCUGGUGUUGCUUGGAGCUCCGAUACAGACAUUCGUUCAGAAAACAGUGCAACCAGUAUUCCCUUCAAGGAACUUUGUGUGCAGUGGUACCUUCCAUCUUUGGAACAAUCUGCAAAAGGAGGAGAUAAUAUGGUUUUAUUUAUUUAUGCUUACAAUACAAAAGCAGUCAAAAUUACCAACAUCAAGUCUUUCCAGUCAGCCCGUAUAUAUUGUGGUUAUUUGUGGAUCCCACUGGAAAGGGUUCUUGCUGUACGUGCAACAUUGUCUGAAUUACAGCAUCAGACUGAAAUGUUAAUGCAAUCAGUGCUGCCUGCUCUGAUACAAAGUGAUAUACAAAGAAAUUUGCCUAUAGCAAGUUCCUCAAGUAAUCCUGAAAAAGUGCCAAUUGAUGAAAAAACAAAGGAAAUGGCAAGACAGUGUUUUUCUGAAAUAAAAGCCUUGUUGUCUGUUGGUGCAAUGCAUUCAUCACCACUUACAGAGAUCCCAUUUGACAUCACUUUACCAUCAAUAAAGAAUUUAAGGAGAUUAUUUGAUCCAGCAAAUGGGUGUGUGAUAACUUCAGGAAGUGUUUUCAACUGGAUCGUCUCUUUGCUCACUUGAGUGAACUUUCAGAAGUAAAAUGUAUAUGCAUCCACAUUAAUAGAAUAAUGAAUAUAAGUAAUUAUAUUGAAGCCAAUGGGAAAUUUCCUGUUACAUGAGAGAAGAAUCCAUCACCUAGUUUUCUCUAGAAUAUAUACAAUAUGUUAGGCAGUACUUUAAAUAAUAAAUAUGCAUGUUUUGUUCUUUAUAGCUUAUGAAUAGUACUGUUGUAGAUUCAGAAUUCAAUUUUUCUAUGUUUACUUUUGGGUUUGAAAGAUUUAGUGCAUUGUUUACCACAAAUUGUAUGUUUUUGUUUGUUUCUUUAAUUAUCUCUAUCUUUUUUUAUUAGCAACAAUAUAAAUAUCUCUUCAACAUAUCAAAAUAUUUACAAAACCACAAAAACUUCCUAAUGUUAUGUUAAUUCAUAGAAAGCAACAUAUAAGGAUCACUCUGAUCAUUAGCAUUAUUAUUCCAACAAUUAAUAAAUAAAACCCACUGAUUAAUGCAA